AUGGGACAAGGAGGACCUUUGUGCCUGGAGGACUCCAUACGGGCGUCACUCGAACGAGCCGACCAAGAAAUAAGACAUGUCCUGAAGAAGCUUGUGGACUCUCCUGGAACCACCUUGGCUGCUCCUCAAGAAGAGUCUCCAGAAAACGUGGGCGCAAUGAAGCAUGGAGACGGCCAAUAUCUAGAGGCAGAACCCAAGAACAAGGACCUGUUCAGAGAUGCCGACACGCAGACGCCAGAUGUUCCUGCUCCUGAAACAGGUGAAAAUGGGAAGAAAUCAGCAGCAGGGAUUCCCGAAACCCGUCCCGCUUUCCCGAGCCAGACCCCGGCCGGAAGCCAGGAGCACCAAAUCCCAAUCAGGCUGGAGAUGGAUGCAGCGGAGCGGUACCUGCGGGGGUCCGGGGGGCCGGCAUGGGAUGUCCGCACGCAACUUUACAUCGAAGCCACGCAAACGACCAGCUUUCACCUGAAGGAGGAGAACGCAACAAGUCCUCCGUACAUGCACGUUACCGUAGAGGACGUGCAGGUUCACCACGGGGAUCCGGCACAGUUUGACGCGGUGAUCGAGGGAGCCGCUCCGCUGACCGUUACCUGGUAUAAGAACAACAUCCUGGUAAAGGAAAGCGAGCGAGUCCAGGUGUUGAAGGAAGACAGGAGAUAUUCCUUGAUCCUGCGGGUAACGGAGCGUGAAGAUGCCGGUGUGUACACCUGUGUGGCCAGGAACGCUGGAGGAGAAGUUUCCUGCAAAGCAGAGCUUGUCAUGCAUGAGGAUAAAAAGGAACAAGUGUCAAAAAAGCCGCAUAAAAGAAGGAAGCUGAAAUCCUUCUUCGAAGUUAAAGAAGAAAUUGGAAGAGGUUCGUUUGGGUUUGUGAAACGCGUUGUCCACAAAGGAAACGGAAUGACAUGCGCCGCCAAGUUUAUCCCGCUGAGGAGCAAAACGCGUCUACAGGCCUACAGGGAGCGAGACAUCCUGUCUGAAGUGACGCACAGCAACGUCACCCUGCUGCUCGACACCUUCCAAACAAAAAAGACCUUGAUUCUCAUCCUGGAGAUAUGUUACGGGGAGGAACUCCUCAAUCGUCUGUUCAGGAAAAACACCGUCACGGAGAAAGAGGUUAAAGUGUACAUCAGACAGAUCCUGGAAGCUGUUGCCUAUCUCCAUGACAAGAACAUUCUCCACCUGGAUAUUAAACCUUCAAACAUAUUGAUGGUUCACCCCGACGAAGACAACCUGAAACUCUGUGAUUUUGGAUUUGCUCAAAAAAUAAAUACAUCUGAGCUUCAGUACAGCAAAUACGGCUCCCCGGAGUUUAUUUCUCCAGAAAUCGCCUGCCUGUCUCCUGUAUCCAAAGCUUCAGAUAUAUGGCCCGUCGGAGUGAUAACCUAUUUAUCCUUGGUUUGCGCCUCCCCGUUUGCCGGACAGAAUGACAGGGAGUCUCUGCUCAAUGUUCAGAGAGGACGCAUCAGCUGGAGCUGCCAGGGAUUCACUCAGCUGAGCGAAGAAGCCAAGGACUUCAUGAAAAGAACCAUCCAGAUGUCUCCAGAGACGCGACCGGCCGCGUUGGACUGUCUCCAGCACACGUGGUUUCAGGAGGGAUCCAUUUUACAGGAAACUCGUCGAAUCAACAUGAAGGGUCUGAAAUUCCUUGUUGCCCGAAGCAGGUGGCAGCGUUCUUUGAUGUCCUACAAAUCCAUUCUGGUGAUGAGAUCUAUUCCAGAACUUCUUCAGGGAAAAGUUGAGAGCACCUCGUUGGGGGUUCCUAGGCACUUGGUUGAAGGUAGUAGUUCUUCGUCCACCAGCGGGUCCUCGUCUGAUAACGAGAGUGAUAUCAGUCCCACCGUUAGAGACUGCAAUCCUUCACUAGAAUUACACUUGUCCAUCUUUAAGAUGGCCGACCAAGAUAGACUUCAAGAACAAGAACAGCAUAUGUUAGAAAUAGAACGUGCUGGAGAUGAGGAAGGUCUCGUGCAGGAAAUGAAGAAGGGCGACAAAGAGUCAACCCUUACUACCUCUGAUAUGAAUGAUCAACGGAAAGCUGAUGAAGCUGUUGGGUUGGGUGGAAGCAGAAUGAGGUUGGAGGAAACCGAUGAAAUGUUAGUUGACAAUGUCCAAACCUCACCGGGGAAGCCACCAUUGUUCAAAGCAGCAACCAUUGAGAUGGGAGACCUAGCUUCACAAAAGGGGAGAUCAGGGUGCUUUAUUAGAGGUAAAUCCGCUGACAGCGCAUUGGCAGGCGACGUUGGAGUCGAUAGAACACAAAUAGUGUGCGUUCCAAGGCAGAGCAUCAUUAACAGCACCUUCUACACCCAAGUAUCUGAAGGCCCUGGGUCAGCGCCCAGGGAAGGCUCACUGAAAGAGAAAGAAUUCAUCAGGCAUCGCGAACGAGCACGAAGGAGCCUAAUGAGAGCAGGAUACUCCCCGAAGAUUUUGAGCGGUCUACGAGAACCACUGCUGGAACAGUUCGCCAUGGAGCAAGGGAUCGUAGGACAUGGUUUGCCAGCGACUGGCCAGGAUGUCCAGCUGGGCUCCUUAAAGAAGUCAAUGUCGUUUGAUACAGGGAAGGGAUCGCUGAGGUCUUCUUUCAAAGUUUCUAGCAGAAGCCGAUCACUCGAUGACAGUAAAUCGAGACCCCUAAGUGUCUACAGAGGGCCACUUGUGGAGGAAGAAGAUGCUGAUGCCAUAGAAGAUCCACCAAAUAAAGUUAACAAACCUGAUGUCAGCCAUAAACUUUGUUCAAAAGAACCUAUAUUGGCAGAUGACCCAAGUAAAGGGGCAAUUGAACCAAACAAAGAAACAAUAGAAUGGCGGGUGACACAGGAUUCUAACCAACAUUCUGUGCCUAGUUCUAUUUCCUCAACUCAAAGACCUCUUUCCGCAGCCCCCACUGAGAAUGAAAAUACAAUCAUUGCAGUUUUACAUCAACACCCACCACAGUAUAUGGGCUCAGGCAAAGAAGGACCCCCUUCUGCCGCUCACACGGACAGUGAAAGUACAGUAAUAGCCUUUGUGAAACAAAGAAACUCCCCAAUUCCCGAGACAACUCAGCCACCAGCCACGCUUUGCCACGCAGAUAGCAACAAAGACCUGCAAGAUUAUCCGCAAAGUACAGCGGGAAGAGUUAAAUUUACAGUACAAACGAUCCCCACUGACAAUUCUUACCUGUUCUCCCCAACAGAAAAGUUACCCGACUCUGCUCAAUGCCAAGAGGGCAUCCCAAAGGAAAGCACUACGAAAGCGGACACUCAGACGAGUCUUGGGGCCAUACACACAGUGCAAUUCAUCGACCACGAAACGAGUAUCGCAGUGAUACAUCAGGGAGCCAGUGACAUUUCAUCUGACACAAAAAGAGAUUUAUCUUCUCCACAGCAGAUUGGUGAGGAAUAUCAUGUUAUAAACAUCAAACGGCCAGUUAUGGAAACAAUGAAAGGUCUUAUAACCGAAACCCAGACAACUGGUGGGCCGCUAGAAAAGGGGGGUCCCACCGACGUGCUUGCAGCAGAUGUGCCGUCCUGUGAAGCUCAUGAUAGACAUCUACAAGCAUCAACCUCCCAGGUGGACGUUGAAGAUACUCCUAUGGAUGGGGUACGCCUUAGGCACGCGGACAAUAAAACAAAGAGCUGUCGCUCCCCAACAUUAGGACACGAUAUGAAAGAAACCUUUCUGAAAGGCGACAAUGUAGGGGCAGGUUUCCAGUCAUCGGGUUACAGUCCAGAGCAGUCCACUGCACUCGACAGCUUAGUGGGUGAGAUGACCGAUUUGUCGGAGGAGAUGGAAGUCUUGGCCCACCAAGAAGACCAGGAGCCUUCUGCAGAGACACCUCCUUUUCCGCUAGUGGAUAGUCAGUCGCCAACGCCGGCAGAAAUGGAAAGAAAAACAUGUAUGAGUGAGAACUAUUGUGCCAUGGAGACAGAACCACCAAUAAGGCAGCUCUACCCUUCAAACAAUAGGUAUAUGUCUGAAACCACAUCAGUCUCCCAGUGCAGCUUCUACGAAACCCUGUGUCAAGAUCAGCCCUCUCCUAUCCCUCAAGAACAGUUUGAAGAAUUCACCACUGAAAGUCUCAGCUCCAGCCGAACGCUUAUCUCUCAAACCAGUAGCUCAGGAACAGGAAGGAGAUCUGACAAUUUCUCCGACUUUGAUGAGACCGGGAGGCAGUCCGAGGUAUCGUUGGUGGAGAUCGAAGAAAUACGAUAUGAGCCUACAACCACCAUUUCUGAGCAUGCGACGCCGGAUGUUAAACCUACACGUUCCCACCUCCUGGAAUUGUAUGACAUCGAUGGAUUCCCUAUAGAAACCUCAGUUGGAGAAGAGGAAUUUUCUUCCGAGGUUACCAAAUUGAAUUGGUCAUCGUUGACUUCACCGCAGCCUGGCGCAUUUAAGCAAAAGGAACCACCAUCGGAUCAAGAACCUGGGUCUUGUGGUCCACCGCAGUCCUUGCAGCCAUCAGAUCCUUGCAAAUCCACAGGUAAGGAAAGAAAAAGUUCCGGUUCAAGGAAACGCAUCAAACUUUUCCGACCCCAUGGGAAGUCUGAGCCAGGAGGAAAGCCUUCCGAGCAAAGUCUCAAGCAGAAAAUGAAAGCUUCCGUGGCCAACAUUUCCAGGAUCAUCAAAGGAAAGCAGGGAAACGGCCAAGAAAGAAAAGGAGGGACUUCGGAAGCGACCAAGGCUGAGUCCACGGACCAAGCGUCCACGGCGGGACUACCCAGCCAGGCCAAGAAGAAGUCUGCACUCCCUUCACUGAAAUUCCCCAAUUUAACAGGAAAGGACAAAGCACCGGCCUUUGUGGAGGAGCUCACAGACCAGACGGUCGCAGUUGGCCACUUAGUGACCCUGUCCUGCAGAACUGCCCAGCCCGUGGCAGAUAUUGAAUGGUUUAAAGAUGGGUUACCUAUUCACAGCAGCGAGAGAGUCCUCAUAUCUUCCACCCACAAGAAUUACCACCUCCUCACCAUUCUGGUGGUAAAUUCCCACGAUCUGGGGAUAUACGCCUGCGUGGCCGCCAACGCUCUGGGUAGCGCCUCCACCUGCUGCAUUAUAAAGAAAGCAGGUAGGCUGCACCGCGUCUAUCGCACGUUCUUCAUCUCCAAGACUCUAAAAGGCCUCCUGGAGUACUUCUGCAAAAGGGGCGGAGCCACCACAAGCACCAUGUGGACAGCCUCCCCCCCCGCCCCGUUCCUCCAAUCGGAAGAGAAGGUGUGUGCAAAGGCUCUGCCCCUUUUGCGGAAGCCCUUCAUGAGGCCCGAGAUCCCCUGCUGUCCCACCAGACCGGAAAUCGCUCAGGUCUACAAGGACGGGGCGCUGCUUGUUUGGAAGCCGGUGGAGUCGAACACUCCCGUGACCUACUUCCUGCAGUAUAGGAAGGAAGGGGAGGAAUGGAGGGCGCUCACCUUGGACAUCUCUGACUGCUGCUACUCCACUCAUAACCUUAGUGAAGGAUACGUCUAUUCAUUUCGGGUCGCUUGCAUCAGUAAAGCGGGAAUUGGACCUUACAGCGACCCAUCCGCCAGCAUCAAGAUAAGCAAAGCAAGCGCCGGGAACCUCCGCCUCUCCGGACGCGAGGAGUCGGCGGGGGCGGACGAGGACGCUGGGAGUGAGCAGAAAGUCUCAUUACAGAUGGCGGGGAGGAGGGGUCGCUUUAGCGUUGUCAGGCAGUGCAGGGAGAAGUCAAGUGGGAGACCCUUUGCUGCAAAAAUCAUACCAUACAAAGAAGAGACUAAGGAGCCCACCUUGAUGGAAUAUCUCAUCCUGAAGAAGUUACGCCAUACCAACAUAGUCCAAUUACACGGCGCGUUCCUGAGUCCCCGGCAUCUGGUUCUUAUCCUGGAACUGUGUGACGGACGGGAGCUUCUACAGUGUUUAUCUUCUGGGCCUCCCGGAGCGCUUCCACAAAUAGGGGGAGCCACAGCGGGCACCACAGGGGCAGCCUCUCCCACGUUCCACCAAUCGAGAGAAUUGUGUGCCCAGAGGCUCCACCUUUUUGAGGAAGCGCUCCACGGGGCCUGGUCAACAGAGCUGAUACCGGGGAGAAGCGGCCGAAAAAAGAAGAGGCAAGAGAAGAAGCGGAUCUGCGGGAAAGGAGUCGUGGACACGGAAGUGGAAGAUGGGGAGAGAGUGCCAGAGAGCAUGAGAGAGGUGUCCUAUUCCGAGCUGGAGGUCCAGGAUUAUCUGUGGCAGCUUCUCAGCGCCGUGGAAUUCCUUCACUGCAAACAAAUCCUCCACCUGGACCUGCGGUCGGAAAACAUGAUGGUCACCCAACACAAACUGCUGAAGAUACUGGACUUCGGAGAUGCCAAGUUCUACUCCCCCGACGAGACCGCUCCCUCGCCGACAAACAUGGAUUACGUGGAAAACAUGGCUCCAGAGCUAUUAGAAGGACAGGGCGCUGUUCCACCUACCGAUAUAUGGGCGGUCGGCAUCACGGCCUUCAUAAUGCUGAGCGCCGAUCACCCUUUCAGCUCAGAAAAUGGAUUGGAUUUGGAGAAAGCGAUCAAAAAAGGACAGAUAAAGUUCAGUCGAUGCUACGCGGGGUUAUCUGGCGGAGCGGUGCGCUUCCUGCAGAGCACACUGUGGGCUAAUCCAUGGGGACGUCCUUCUGCCUCCGACUGUCUGAAGCUGCCGUGGCUGCAGGAGGCCGGACUGAUGACGCUACAGCCGCCACCGGUCGUCUUCCCCAGCGGAAAACUGAGAAGCUUUUUACAGGAGAGGCGGAAGAAAACUGCAUCAAAGACAAUACGCCGGUGA